AUGGCGGGACAUGGCGUGUUCACUGUCACCGAUAACGAACUCUUCGACUACUACCCGGUCUGCUAUCUCAAGAACAACGCCAGCAACGAUGAUGAGAAUUGUGUUCCAGCUAAAGGCAAAGGCAACAACUUUGUGUUCAAUUUGGACCCAAGUUUGCUUAUUGACCCAAGCUGCGUUAUGGUUGGUGAAAUGCUCGGAGAAGGGCCGCAGGCGAUUGUCUAUGAAGGAUUGUACAAUUCCAAACCUGUUGCUGUGAAAAUCAUACAGCCAGAUGAAACAGGUGUUAUCAGUCCUGAACGCAAGGAAAAAUUUCAGAGGGAGGUGACGUUGCUGUCAAAGGCGAGACAUGAAAACAUUGUGAAGUUUAUCGGUGCGUCUGUGAAACCAACUAUGAUGAUAGUUACUGAGCUUAUGAGAGGUGGCACAAUUCAGAAGUACUUGUGGAACACCCGCCCCGUAAUUCCUGACUUGAAGCUUUCAAUAAGUUUUGCAUUGGAUAUAUGUCGAGCUAUGGAGUACUUGCAUGCAAAUGGCAUCAUACACCGUGACUUGAAGCCAAGCAAUCUACUUCUUACAGAAAACAUGAAACAAGUGAAGCUGGCUGACUUUGGGCUUGCUAGAGAGCAGAUAGAAGGUGCAAUGACUAGUGAGGCUGGAACAUAUCGGUGGAUGGCUCCUGAGUUAUUCAGCACAGAACCAGUUCCAAGAGGUGCAAAGAUAGAUUAUGAUCACAAGGCAGAUGUCUACAGUUUCUCAAUAGUUCUGUGGGAGUUGCUCACGAACAAAACUCCAUACAAGGGAAGGAGUAACGUAAUGGUGGCAUAUGCUACAGCCAACAAUGUACGGCCUAACCUGGAGGACAUUCCAGAGGGUAUUAUUCCUCUACUGGAGUCCUGCUGGGCAGAAGACCCCAAGGACCGACCAGAAUUUAUGGAAGUCACCGAUUAUCUCUCCAACUUCUACCAGGAACAUUGCUUACAGGAGACCAAACCUCCUCCUAAGGUCAUUGAGACUGAAGAUAAUGAGAGGAACAUUAAAGAAGAAGAUUCGCCAAGCACCACCCAACAACAUGUGAUUGAGACACCUGAAGAAGAGAAAAGGGUUAAAAGGCGCAAGAAGAGUUGGAAGAGUUGGUCAUCGGGGUGGUUCUGUUUCUCUUGUUUGGCUCAUUGACCAAAUGGCAUGGUGACUGGUGAGUUCUGUUUUAGCGGAGGGGCUUUAAGCCCAGGCUAGGAAUUCAUGCAUGUAGGAUGUUGCAUCGGCUGUUCUCUUAGUUUUUGUUGUAUACA